UGAACUGACAGGACAGUUGAGAAGUGUUGAUGAGAAAUGACCUGAGACCACCUCUUAUUAAAUUAUAUCUUUAUUGAUUUGGGACAGGCAAAGUGUGAAGGGUCCCUCAUGCAUUUAGGACACAAGGGGUCAUUACAUCAGAGCUGGUGGGCGGCUAUCUCCGCCCCCCAACGCCAGGCAGCACUGCACACUACUGUGCUAAAUAGUGUGCAAAUAUAUCUAGGUAUGCGGUUAGGGACAGAGCCUAACAUCUACACAUGCAGCUACGGAAAUGAACACAACAAAUACCCAGAGUUACCAUGACCUAGUGUGCUUUAACAGACUGUUUGUCCUUCUCUUCCCUUUCUUCCAUGAGAAUACUCUCCAAUGUUUCCAUGAACUACUGGCUUCACCCCCACACUUGUUUUCAGGGAGACAUAUUCCACCUUCACUUCAGGUGACAUGGAGCCCCAGAGGUGUCUGGGAACGGAAAGGGAUUUGGAGAUUCUGGUUUCGAGUACAAGGAGUGAAGCUGUGACCCAUGACAUGGAGGCAAUAUCGCUGCAGCCUAGCUAUAGUCUUCCUUCCAUCCAGGAGCGGAAGAACGUUCUGCAGCUCAGACUCCAGCAGAGACGCACUCGGGAACAGCUUGUGGACCAGGGCAUUAUGCCGCCACUGAAGACUCCUGCUGCCUUUCAUGAACAGAUACGAAGCCUUGAGAGAGCCAGGACUGAGAAUUUCCUGAAGCACAAGAUCAGUAGUAGACCUGAGCGUGCAGAGCUGGUCCGUAUGCACAUCCUCCAAGAGACCCAAGCAGAGCCCUCAUUGCAGGCUACGCAGAUGAAACUCAAAAGGGCUCGUUUGACUGAUGAUCUCAAUGAGAGGAUUGCCCAGAGGCCUGGCCCAAUGGAGUUGGUAGAGAAGAACAUCCUGCCUGUAGAGUCCAGUGUGAAGGAGGCCAUCAUUGAAAGUGAGGUGAACUACCAAAAGACCCUGGAUGUGUAUAACUUUGAUGAGGACAGCAAUGAAACUCCGUCCCCAGUGGAUCCAACCAGUCAGGAAUCUCAGUGUUCUGUCCCAUCACCCAGAGAGGCCAGACUGCCUGAGAUCUCUUCUGCUACUCUGACUGCUGGCUCCAACCUACAGCCCUGUCCACCUACGACCCAGAGCUCAGAGUUACUCAGUCAGACAUCAGCAGAGGAUCAGACAAACACUCAGCACAUAACUCCUGCUCAGCCAGUCACCACCGCUUCCCCCAUCAAAUCAGGUCUUACUCUUGUGAAGCAAAGCCAACCCAAGCUUCCCAGUGAAAAAACUCGCAGCAAGAAGAGCAAAGAACCCAAGCCAAGGAUAAAGAAGCUCAAAUACCACCUGUAUAUCCCACCAGACCAAAAACAGGAGCCCAGUGAGGCCCCAAUGGACUCGGCCUAUGCCCGAUUGCUUCAGCAGCAGCAGCAGUUUCUACACCUGCAGAUCCUUAGCCAGCAACAACAGUACUACAACUACCAGGCCAUUCUACCUGCACCUGCAUCAUUCAGGCCUUUGCCUAAGGUUCCAAGCAGCUGUCCUAACGUGGCCGUGGGAAACAGCCAAGCUCCACUUGUAGUGUCCCUGCCCAGUGCUACCCCUGGACUCGGCACCAACAGCACAAACAACUGCAAGCAUGGCCCACUGCCUACUAACCUAGAUGAAAUGAAGGUGGCUGAACUUAAAGUCGAGCUGAAACUACGUGGUCUCCCUGUAUCUGGCACUAAAACAGACCUCAUAGAGAGGCUCAAGCCCUACCAGGAGAGCUACAAGGUCACCAGCACUCAACAGACUGAGACCAAUGGCAUCGUUGCUCCACUGGCCAAUCAAAAGACAGAAAGCAUAAGCAUGACUCCCCCAGUGUCUCCUGUGCACUCAGAGGUUUCCACUGGGAGUAUGGAGGAGAGUAGCGACAGCAAAGUGUUGGCUGCCACAUCUCCAUCCAUCAUGAAGACAGAGGAUACAUCAGUGGAGGCAGCAGUACCUGAUAAAGACCAGAGCUUGUAUGAGAAGGAGCGCCAAAUAGAGGACCUGAUUCGGAAGCUGGAGCAGGAGCAGCGUCUGGUGGAGGAGCUCAAGAUGCAGCUAGAGGUGGAAAAGAGGAAUCAACAGGGAGCGACGCAGCAGCAGGGUGAGCUUGAAACUCUUAUCAGGAUAAAAGAGGAGCAUGAUUCCUCCUCCAGCUGUAGCUCCACUAUGGUACAGGACGAGUCCCAGGGACAGGUACAGCAGUUCUGUAUUGCUUCACAAGGAGUGCACGCUUCCCAGUCCAUCCUCAGCACUCAACCAGAGCAACAUAGCCUUCCCACCGCCAUCCAUCUUCCACAGAUGCAGCCGGUUCUCCAAAACACAAGGGCUCAAACAGAGAGUGCAGCAUUUCAGCAGCACACAAAUCCGACACAGGCUGCACCUCAAAUAAUGUCCGUGUGCAGCACCUCGGGCUCAGGCAUCCAGCUGGGGCAGAAGCAGGAGCAGCAAAGGUCCAAAGUGGCUCAGUCCUGCUCACCUACAUGCAGUCCUCCAAAUGGAUUCACAACUAAACCAACCUCCCCCUGCCAGCCCACCUACAACCUUCCACCAUCUCCAUUCAGCAAUCAUCACAGCCCCAAGAACAAAGACCCUCCUCGCUAUGAGGAGGCUGUCAAACAGACUAGAGCACUUCAGGCUACUAUGCAGGUCCCCACCGCAGUCAGUCAACACAUGGAUGACUUGUUUGAUGUCUUGAUUGAAAGUGGAGAAAUCUCUCCCCUGCUCCGACAAGAUCCGCUCUCUCUGGAUAAACUUCUGCCGGUGACAGCCAAUGUCACCACUCUCCCCAUCAACACUGCACUGUCUCGUCCUCCACCUCAGGUCCAUGUGGCCCACAUGCCUAGUCUGGUGGCGCUGGCCUCAGAUCACCAGCUGGAGGCUCUAUUGGAUGGAACGCUGCCACCUAACACAGAGCCCCGUGCUCUCUGCCUCAUGGAGGAACUGCACAGCCAGUUGUUGGAGCCACCUCAUUCACCCAUGGACACCAGUGAGCUGGGAUUUUCCACCUCACCACCCCCAUCCCUACACCUGCAAGACACCAACCUGGACAAUAUGGAGUGGUUGGAACUGGCUGUGCCAGGGUCAGCAGGUAUCUCUGCACCAGCUGCCAUCUUCUCCUCAGAUUUCCUGGACUCUCACGAUUUGCAGUGGGACUGAGAGAAGCAAGAGAAAAGAAGCUUCUGGUAUGACUCGCAGGCCAGGUAGAUGUUCACAGGUGAGGGAUGAAUUGUGUAAGUCCUAAAGUCAUUGGGAGAAUCAUGCAACAUGAUUACAGCAGUGGACUCUGGAGAGCUCUCUCGGCCUCUGUUAAAUCCAGCGUGGUGUUAUUGGUCCCUGUUAGAAAUGUGUUUUAGACACCAUGAGUGCUUGAACGAUUGCAAUUUUUUUUUUAUUAUUUGGGCCUGGCUGGUAGCCAGAUGUUUCCAAUUUGUGCACUAAUAACCGUCUUUGAGGACACACAAAGAAUGUCGGCCAUUUUGUUAAUUAUUUUCCAAUAUUUGUAAGGUAUACUGUACAGUUAUUUUUUUUUAUUAUUUUUUUUUUUUUUUUUACUUUUCUGUUUUUUCUUUUGUAACUUUGCCAGCUUUGUUGGCUUAACAUAUGACCUCUGUUUUGCAGCAGCUCUGCGCCAUCUGCAUGCAAAUGUCAGACAUACAGUGUUCCAAAGAAAAGGGUCAUAGAGAGUAAGUUUGUUUACUAAAGUGAGAAUGAAACCAUUUUACAGAGAAACUCAUAAUCUAAUGCCAUGUCAUUAUCAUCACUGUGAAAAAGAAAACACAAAAGUAUUGGCCUGGACACAUCUUUUGGGCAUGUAGAGGGCACUGACUACACUAUCCAGGUCAACUUAAACAGGCUUUGGGGGUUUUGUGGUUUUUUGUUUUUGUUUUUUUUUUGUUUUGUUUUUUGAUUGAUUUACUGGCCUGUCUAAACCAGGAGCCACAUUUAUCAAGUGUCAAGAGAAUAAUGGCAGCAUUAGUGAUGGAGUAAUAUUAAUCACUGGUGGAUCAGUGCCUUGAAUAAGAGGAAAAACAAACAUGUGGUGGUUCCGUUUAAUAGUUUAAAGUUUGAUAUGGGAACUAAGCUGCUUAGUUGUUCAUAAAACACAAACUGACAUGACAUGAACAUGGGACUGUGAUGUGACCAAUAAUUUAAUGCCAGUAACCGACUGAUGAAAAUGUCAAACAUUUUCUUAACAUUUAUAGCUCUUUAAUUUACAUGGUGGUCCAAAGUAAUGUUUUCCUUUUGAUAACUUAAGUGUUUUUUUUUUUUUUUUUUUUUUUUUACAAAUAAUAAUAAUAAAAUAAAAAAUCAAAUGUUAUGUUUUGGAAGACAUGAACGCGUGGGCAACUAACUACUGUGUUCAGACAGGUUGUUUAAAUUUAGGAUACAGCUUUAGCUUGGUAGUUGCAUUGAAAAAGUCACUUAAGCCACACAUUUGGUGUCAAAAAUGUAGCAGUUACUUGCAUCUAGAAUACACUUGCUGUCAGUUUAUUGCAUUACUGUACCUUCAGACAAAAGUAUGUAAUGCAGCAAAUGAAGAGAUAUUUAGCGUUCUCCUUAACAUUUCAUUUUUAUUUGCUGUUCUCGCACAUGUAGCAGUCAUAAAACAGAAAGCCUUUUUAAAAAUCCUAAUGUGAAAUAUAGUUCUGCUUAUAAGUUUACAUACCCCUGGCAGAGUCUUCACCAUUUUUAGACAAUAUGAUUGAUUAUACAGAUUAAAGCUAUUUAUCAUAAUUUGCUUAUAUUACUGUAUAUUAAUCAGAAUUAUAAUUGAAAUUACACAGUUGAUCCACAUCAAAAGUUUACAUACCCUUGCUACUUAAUAUAAUUAGUAUUGUGUGUCUUGAGCACCAAUAGCUAUGUUUCCAUCCAUGUAUUUGUAUGCGAAUUUUAUGUGAUAUUGCAUAAAAAACACUGGAUGGAGACACUAGACGUGAAUCAAAUCUCCAAAAUGUGCAUUAAAAAACUUAUGUGCUCAAUUGAAGCGGAUAAUUGUUUUUAUUCGUUAGGAAGACGUGCACAUAAACUAUGAUGGAAACAUGUUUACUGAAUAUAUUCCUCAAUGUGCAUCAAAAAAGUCAUGUGGCUUUGCCUCAACAAAUAAUGUGAUUGGAUAAAUGGCUAAGAAAAGUAAAGUGCCAGACAGCGAGAUGCGCCUGUUUCCCCAGAAGUGACAAUUUUAUUCUCUUGAACACAUUGGAUUUGCAAAUGUUUUUUUUAUUUUUUGCACAAGUUAAAUUUGCAGUUUGGGUUUAAACAUCCAAGUGUUAACCAGAAUUUUUGGCCAAAUGCCUUGCAUGUGCCUUGAACUUUUGAAUUCUCUGUAAAGUGGCUCAAUGAAUUUUGAGGUCCAGGGACUGUGAGGGCCAUGCCAGAACCUUACCUUUCUUCCCCUGCAACCACCGAAAGGUCAACUUCCGCCUUGUGCUGUAGAUUGCUGUCACGUUGGAAAGUCCAUUUGCGCUCCAUGUUCAGCUUCCUGGAUGAUGCAUGCAAAUUUUCUUGCAAAGUUUUCUGAUAAUAGGCUUUGUUGAUUCCUCUCCAAACAUGAUGGUUAAGGUUUUUCAAUUUUCUUAUCACUCUAAAUUAUUUCAGAAAUCUUGAGAUUAAUCUAGAUGCAGUUUGGUGUCUUUCAAGCAGGCUAUUUUGGGGUAUGGGUGCAAUAAUGGCUUUUUCUACACUUAUAUUUGGCAGACACCCUUAUCCAGAGCAACUUACAUUUAUGUCAUCUAUACAGCUGAGCAGUUGAGGGUUAAGGGCCUUGCUCAAGGCCCCAGCAGUGGCAGUUUGGCAGUGCUGGGAUUUGAAUUCACAACCUUCCAAUCAGUAGGCCAAUAUCUUAACAGCUGAGCUACCACUGCACCAUAUGCAGUUCAAUAUUUCCAAUAUUUCCUUAUUGUACAUUCUGAAAUGGCCAUACCGUGUAGUUUCAGAUAAGCCUACAGUAUACUUGAUUUUCUUGGUGGUUGUUUCAGAAAUCCUUUUGGUCUAACCUGAUGUUGGCUUGGUAUCCGAAGAACGACUGGUUUUCCACAUCUCUAUCAGAGUUUGAAUAGUGAUGACUGGCAUUUUCAAAUCAAUAUUUUUUUUCCUCAUUUAUUGUGUAGAAUUACUUUUUUCCCUCACAGAUCAGUUUUCUUUUGCACAGACUUUCUUUUGCUUACUCAGCGUAGCUCAAGGUCCCUUUCCAGAGCCUUCAAACUAACUAUCCCUCAGUGGUGGAAUAAACUUCCAAACUCAAUCUGGACUGCAGAAUCGAUGAAUAUUUUCAAAAAAGACCCACCUCUUCCGUGAGCACUUAACUAAGCCCUAAAAUGCCAACCCCCCAUUAUUAUUUUUUUUUAAUUUAAAAACUUACUCUCGCAAUUACACCUCUACUCUGUGCACUUUGUUUCUCUAGAACUCAAUUAUAAAUCUUGUAUGGUAGCACUACUUGUAUUGUUCUCUGCUUGAUUAUCGGUUUGCUUGUAUUUCCUCAUUUGUAAGUCACUUUGGAUAAAAGUGUUUGCUUAAAUGAAUAAAUGUAAAUGUACACCAAACACACUAUUUACACACACAUACACAGAUUACAGUCAAACAAGUCAGAUUCUGAACCUUCACAGUGAAUUUACUUCUGUAUAAACAGGCCCAAGGGUAUGUAAACUUUUGACAGGGGUCACCUGUGUAAUUUCAGUUAUUAUUAGGAUUACUAUAAUUUAUGAUGAUAAAUAGCUUCAUCUGAGCACCAUUACUAAAUAAAAGAAAUGUAUGAUUACCUCUUUUUUUUUUUUAAGAAAACAAACAGCUUUUGUUUGCCAUUCUGUUGGGGGUGUGUAAACAUAUGAG